AAACCAGUCAGUAUAAAUACGACGAGAAAACGCCCAACAUUAUAUCCCUGACAUCGUCCGUACAUCCGUCGACUCGGUCCGCCAACAGCAUGAAGUACGUUGCAGUCGUCCUUGCCGUAGCCAUAUGUUUCAGUGACGCCACGUCGAACACCUGGGGCAGGUAUGAGGCAGCCAUACGUCUUCUAGCUAACGACACGUUGUUCCGGCCGCUGGUGGAGUCGCACAUGAAGACGUACAGGGAGGCACAGCGGACAAGUCCGCUUCGCAUGGAUCAAGCAGGGAGGAACUUUGCAUGCCCUGGCGGAACAUCUCCAAGUGUGCCCACAUCAGUGCACGCGCUGAGAGCUGGGGACAUCAAGGUCGUUGCCGCUUUGGGGGAUUCUCUCACAGCAGCCAAUGGCGCGGACGCGUGGACCAUUCUGGGCUGUCUCACAGAAUAUAGAGGCACCACCUGGAGCAUCGGCGGAGACCGGACAAUUUCAUCCGAUGGGAUAACUCUUGCAAAUAUAAUACGUUAUUUCAACCCCAACGUGUACGGCUUCUCCGAGGGCACUGGUGACAGAGACUCCGCCAAGAAACGAUUCAACGUGGCCAAAGCGGGGGACAAGAGCAUGCACAUGCCAGAGCAGGCCCAGCUGUUGGUACAGAGGUUGCGGAACGACCCCAACAUCAACUUCCAGAACGACUGGAAACUCGUCACCAUCUUCAUCGGGGGCAACGACCUGUGUCAGUUCUGUUCAGAUGAGGCCGCUCACAGCGCGGAGCUGUACGCCAGCCGUAUCGAGCAGGCACUACAGAUCCUGUACGACAACGUGCCCCGCGCCCUCGUGCAGGUCGUCAACAUCUUCGACAUCGGCCCCCUGACAGAAAUGGGUGGCCUUAUAUGCUCCACUGUGCACGUAUACGCCUGUGACUGUCUUCUGAACCAGCCCGGACGAGACAAAGCAAGUCAACUGACCAUAGAAUACCAACGUGAGACGGCGAGAGUAGUCAGCAGUUCAAAGUUCAACAACCACGAUGACUUCACUGUAGUGCUGCAGCCAUUCCUCGAGAACGCUGACCCUCCAAGAAAGUCUGAUGGGAGCCUUGACACCGCAUUCUUCGCCCCCGACUGCUUCCACUUCAGCCGUAUGGGACACCAGAUGGUCGCCAAGAACCUCUGGAACACCAUGUUCCAGCCUGUGGGUCUGAAGGAUCGAGACUGGGACAUGCACGCCCCCAUCUUCUGCCCUGGCCAGAAUGAGUUUAUAGCCACCCACCAGAACAGUAGACGAUAAUGGAGAAGCGUGGCAACUGUGUGUCAUGUCAGAAAUAAAUACCGACAAUAAAUCCGUAUGAACCUUU